AUGGCGAGUGCCUCGUCUACCAACCCUGCGAUGGCAUCUACCGAAUCGCCUCCUGCACCUAAAAAGUACAAAGCCUCCGACCUCCCCCUGCCAUCCGCGACCCGAGCAGCAAUCGAGUCGCUGGCACAUAGCUUUAAGAAGAAGGGAGGCUACGAUGCCAUCCGCAAGGAGGUUUGGGACAGAUUUGCAGCAAGCGACUAUGAGGCUCAAGUCACAAAAGCAAUCCUCGAAGUCGCCGAACAAGAAGUCGAACGCAACCCGGCGCAGCUUCUGACGCUUGAGCGAGGCAAAGCGGCCGCUCUUAUCGAUGGCGCGCUCGAGCGAUCCGGCGUGUAUCAAAAAGCAGAACAGGUUAUUACACAACUCAUCGAUAGGGCCGCGAUUGAAGAGCGCAUGCGCCAGCUGCGGCGCAAUGACAUCGGGGAGGAGGAGGCGAUCGCCGAGCAACAACGAGGAGCCAAGACGGAUGAAGACUAUCACGCAGAAACAAUGGCCAAGCGAGCUGAACGUGAGAGGGUCCGCGAGGAACUGCGACAGAAGGAGCUCGCUAUUGAGGAGGAGAAACGCAAAAUUGCAAGGGAAGAGCGCAAGAAGAUUGAAAAGGAGCGCGAGAAGGCCGAGACCCAACGCAAAGCAGAACGGGAUGCUAGAAGAGCCGCUAGGGAGAAGCUUCAGGCUGAACGGGAAGCUGAGCGGGAAGAGCGCCGUCGGCAGAGAGACAAGGAGCGGAGCCGGGACAGAGAUCGCGACAGGAGCAGGAGCCGCAGUCGCCGGAGAGACAGAGAUCGGGAUCGUGACCGCGAACGUGACCGUGAUGAGCGGGACCGAGAGCGCCGUGAAGAACGCGAUCGAAAGCGCAAGCAGCGGCAUGAAGAGUCAGAAGAGGCCCAGCAGAAGCUUUCGAAGGAGCAGCUUGAAAGACUCGAACAAGAAGCUCUCGCAGACCUCCUCCGCGAGAGCAAACGUGUCACGGCGAAGCAGCCCGAGCUGGAGAUUGAUGAGGCGCUGGCGCCGCCGCCUAGAAAGCUGGCUCCCGCUUCUGCCAUCACGCCCUUCAAGAAAGUUUCCUCGCGUGACUCACCAAAGGUCCCGGAGUUAAAGAAAGCCGAGGCCAAGACGGAGGCACGGGGCGCUACCGUCACCACGACACCCAAGGCCGAUGCGCCGGCGGAGAAGGCUAGAAGUCGCAGCCGAUCGCGUGCCACCGGCAAAGCAGAACGAGAAAGAGAUGGCGAUGAUGAUAGACGUCGCAGGGAUGAUGACGACCGCCGCAGACGUGAUCGUCGCGUUCAAGAAGACGCGAGCGUAGUCGAUCCCGGACUCGACCUGAACGACGAGAGAGAACUCCAUCUCGUACACGCUCUCGACGCGACCGCAGCAGGGCUCACACACGUCACGACCGACGUGAACGAAGCCGCUCCAAGUCUCGCGACCGCCGAGAUCGCAGCCGAGAUCGUGCCCGCGUUGAGAGGCGCGACAGAAGUCGCUCGCGGACUCGGACGGAUCGUCGCGACAGGAGUCGGUCCCGUCAUCGCACCGACAGGAGAGAUCGCAGCCGCUCGCGUGUCCGAAGAGAUAGGACUCGCUCCCGUUCUCGGACCCGUGCUGAUAGGCGAGAUCGUAGUAAGUCUCCACGGCUCGACCGCCGGGACGCGAUCCGUCGCGACCGCAGCCGCUCCCGCACACGUCGGGAGCGGUCUCCUGAAAGGACACGAGAUCGUGACCGCAGGAGCCGAUGAAAAGGAGGCUACCAAGAUGGAGGAGGUCCGCAAGCGAGAAAAGGAGGCCAAGGCCUACCUCGCAGCGCAGCGGGAGGCCCGGGAAAAGGGUAUGCCGGUCCCUGGAAUAGACGAUAAGAGAAGUGCAGGAGAGCGAUCUCCUGAAGCCAAACGGAAACGCGAUCUGGACGAAAUCGACCGCUAUGUGCCGCCUGGUAGAGACAGAGAGCGGCCCCACGACCUGGCCCGAGAUGACAACGAGCGCCGCCGUAGUCGAUCCCGCAGCCGGAGCCACGGCAAGGACCGAGAAAGGGAUCGCGACAGGGAUCGUGACAGGGAUAGGGACCGCGAUAGAGACAGGAGGGAUCGCGACCGCGACCGUGACCGCUCCAGGGACCGCUCCAGGGAUCGGCGGGAUCGGGAUAGAGAUAGGGACCGGGACAGAGAUAGAGACCGCGACAGAGAUAGGGAUCGCGACAGAGACCGAGACAGAGAUCGUGACCGCCGCAGCCGCAGGGAUGGAAGCGUCUCGUCAAGACGGGACAGGCGCGACCGGAGCCGCAGCCGUCGACGAAGCAGGAGCCGCUAG